AGUAUUGUAUCUUGGUGCCUAUAAUUCGGCCAUAUUAUAUUCCCGAACUUGGUCGUUUCAUUUCUAUCAAAAACAUCGCAAAUGAGAGCCGCAUCGAGACCCAUUGCUGCGUCUGUUCAGAAAAGGUUAUAUGCCACACGUUUGGCUGAACAUCAAGAGGCGUCGCGAGUUUCUCUUCCCAAGCAAAGUGCUCAGAUAACACGUCUAAAUAAUGGAGCUUUGGUAACCUCCUUGGAAAAUUACGCUCCAAUAGCCCAUAUUUCCAUUCUCUUUAAGGCUGGAACACGUAAUGAAAGCUAUGAAAAUUUGGGUGUUUGUCACGCUCUAAGGACAGGGGCUGCUCUUAGUACCCAAAAUGUAACACAAUUUGGCUUAACCAGAAACUUGCAGCAACUAGGAGCCGAUUUGACUUGCACAACCACUAGAGAACAUGUUUGUUACUCACUCCAGGCUGACAGAGACAAAUUAACACAAGCUUUUCAAUUCCUUGGUGAAGCAGCAUUUAUGCAGAACUUCAAGCGUUGGGAAGUGAAAGAUCGCGUUCCCGAUUAUUUAAAUUUGGAUUUGGGCAGGCUAGAUCUAGAUUACAAUACACGUGUCAUUGAAUUGUUGCAUACAGCAGCUUACAGAAGAACCUUAGCAAAUUCCUUGUAUAUCGAUAGGAAUAGAAUUUCGGGUAUCAAUCAUGAAAUGAUGACAUCGUACGCAAAGGAUAUGUUUACUGCUGGGGACCUGAUUGUUUCUGGAGUAGGAGUGGAUCACAAAGAUUUAGUAAAAUUAACACAGAGUAUGAAUGUAACUGGUACAGCAAAAAAACCUCAAGAGGCUGUAUUUUAUGGAGGUGAACAACGUGUUGACAUCCCAGGGGAAUUUACAUUCGCCGCUCUAGCCACUAAAUCUUCUAGUAUAGGCGACAAGGAAUACUUUGCAACUUUGGUUUUGCAAAGAAUAUUAGGUGUUGGACCUCAUAUGAAAUAUUCAAAUACCGGCAAAUUGCAAGAUGCGGCAAGCAAGGCAGCUAAAUCUCCUGUCCAAGUCUCUAGUAUGAACUUAGUCUAUUCCGAUAGCGGUUUAUUCGGUGUACAGGCUGUUGCAAAAUCAGCAGAUAUUGCUUCUGUUCUUAAAGCAACUACAGAGCAGAUUGGACAGGUUGCCUCUGGUUCCGUAUCCGCCGAAGCUUUGGAAACAGCAAAGCGUAGUGUGAAAUCUACCAUGUGGAUGGAGUUGGAGAGUAGUGCUGGCUUAGUACAAGAUUUGGCAUUGCAAGCCGCUUACAGGGGAGCCCUUAUGGAACCAGCCGAGUUUGGUAAAGCAAUCGAUGAAGUAGAUGCAAGCGCAGUAAAGAACGUCGCUGCUCAAAUUUUCAAAGGAAAACCUGCGUUCGCAGCCGUUGGUAACUUGUCACAAGUACCAUAUCUUGACGAACUAAAAUUAUAA